GCGUACUUAUACUUGCUUCGACCACAGCAAAACAUAGACAUACGUUCCGCCGUCUUUCCAGAGAAUGUUGGAAUGUGCCUUUGUACGGCUUCUUUAUGUCCGGACCCUACACUGUGGUGCAUCUACGUAUGCCCACUAGUGGUCCUGUCAAUCACAGGUGCAAUCAAUAUAGCCCGUCGUUUAAAUCACCACCGCCUCCGUCAGCGCAGCCUGUUGUCAAGCCCAUCGCGACGCUGUCAAAUUCGAAGCCCUGGUGAUGCGAAGGCCAAGCAUCUUUCUCCGAUUCGCUGGCUGGUGUCAUAAAAGUCGGCACCGACACUGAUCUAGCUCUCCAACCACUCGAGGUUGAUCCUCCCCAACCGUGUGCUAGUGCAUUUGACUUCGGGCUUCAAAGCAAGACAUGGGUUGCGCGCAAAGCAAGCAGGGAGCGAUGUUUGAGGGAGGGCCGCCCACUCCCAAGGAGAAGUGGACGCAUGAGCGCGAGUCCAAGCCUCUGCUGCACCCCAAGGUCUCCCAAGUCAAGUCGAGACAUGCUCAGCUUCUUCGUCGGUGUCCCUCUCCUGUCCUCACUGAAGAGCCCGCUCCGUGGGUCACUGGCCACAAAGUGUUGGUACAGAAGGAUGGAGAGUUCUUUAUCACAGCGUCGUUCAGCGACGUUCAGUGACCAUUUGAUGCCGCACACGAAACAUGAACGCGUUACACGCUAGUAAGAUAGGUGCGCAAGUCUUCCUGUCCUCUCAUCUCUGUGAUGUUUAACGCGUACUCUUAGUUCGUCUUCACACACGCCUGGGCUUGUUUCCCCAUAUUUAUCCCGUUCGUUCAACCGACCAAAUCCACAGUCGACGCUCGUGUCUAUCGCAUUGCAUUCCCAGAGUGCUCCACGCUACCAGUGAUGUGCCUGCCCAGAUCUUUGCCAGUGGUGGAUUGGGCGGUCUAACCGUUGCAACUGAGAACCGGACUCGCUGUAAGUACUUAUGAGUGCCUGACUGUCGCUGGGAGAUGGCGGUGGACAGUGACGCG